AUGAGCUCACUUAAAAUCGAAAGCCUAUUCGGUGUUCAAGGUCGGGUGGCAGUGAUAACGGGUGGAAGCCAAGGACUCGGCGAAAGUUGCGUACAUCAAGCUCUUAGUGCUCUAGCGCGUGCCUGGGUGGUCAAUGGAGGACAUGCGCUCAUUACUUCUCGGACCGAGGAGACUCUCUCGAAGCUUUGCAAAGAGCUAAACCAGUGCGGUCCUGGAAAGGCUGAGUAUGUCGUGGGCGACCUGUCCUCCAAAGCCGGCUGUCUUGCCGUGUGCACAGAGAUCAAAAAGAGAUUCCAGAAAAUCCACGUCCUGGUUAAUAAUGCUGGCACUGUACUCUCUGCCCCUUUUGAUGAUGUUCCCGAGAAGGAAGGUUGGGACGAUGUUUUUGACUUGAAUGUAAAGGCUGUGUUUUUUAUGACAUCGCAACUCACUCCGGAGCUAGCAAAAGACGCAACAAACCUAGAUCCAGGAAGAGUAGUGGUAAUAUCCUCAGCAGCCGCCUUCAACACCAACACCGAGCCACUACGUGCUUUCGGGAUCAGUGGCAAAGGGACUUGGUCUUACAAAGCUAGUAAGGCUGCCGCCGUCUCAUUAUCCACCACCUUGGCUGUCACACUGGGACCGAAGCUUAUCACGGUUAAUACCAUUUGCCCGGGUUUCUACCGUUCCAACAUGACAAAGCCGUUCUUUGAUAAGGUGGGAGACUCGAUUGAAAAGGAGCAUCCAAUGGGUCGAAGCGGAACGCCUGAGGAUAUUGCCGGUGUAUUUUUGUUUUUGACCAGUAGAGCUGGCGCUCAUGUGUCUGCCAAUUAUAUCUUAUCGGAUGGCGGGUCUAUUGCUGCUGGAAAAUUCACUUGA